AUGCAUAUAGCGUUUCUGAACUUUGCAGCCGCGUUCGACUCUCCUCAUCGAGGCCGUCUUCUCAACGCACUACGCGCCGAUAGAAUACCAGGAAAGUUUGUUCGCUUGCUUGGUGACAUGAAUCAACGAAGAACUGUUGCAGUUCGAACACCAGCAACAACACCAGUUCGAACAGGAUGUUCGAACAGGAGAAUACCAGGAAAGUUUGUUCGCUUGCUUGGUGACAUGAAUCAACGAAGAACUGUUGCAGUUCGAACACCAGCAACAACACCAGUUCGAACAGGAUGUACAACACCUUUUGAGGUGGUAACUGCAGUAAGACAAGGGGCGGUGGCAGGACCCUUCCUGUUCAAUUUCGCCAUCGACGUCAUUAUGAAGAACAGUAGAUCAGUGUCCUGA